CUAGUAUUCACAUACGAUACGUCAGAGGUUUUGGCAACCCGUAGGUGAACUAUUUUCUUCAUUGUUGACCUUUCCUAAAUCUUAGGUGUAAUUAUUUCAUCAUUAGAAGUGCUUUAGCUUUACCGUUUAUAUCAAGUGUAGAUAUUUUGACAAAGCCUCAACGAUGGACUCGGAAGACGAUACAAAGGAUGAUGUGGAUUCUGGGAACGAAUCGAGCGGAGACGAUGUCGACUUUGUAAUGGACGAGACCCACAGUACUAGGGAACGACAGGUGGAGCUGGAUGAAUACCCGUACGAGGUGCUAUCUACAGAGGAAAUCGUCCAACACAUGGUUGAUUGCAUCAAAGAAGUGAACACAGUCGUCGAGAUACCAGCUACAACCACCCGCAUACUGCUAAAUCACUUCAAAUGGGACAAAGAAAAGCUCAUGGAACGUUUUUACGACGGCGACCAGGAUCAAUUGUUUUCCGAGGCCAGAGUCAUAAAUCCAUUUAGAAAACCAGUAAUACAGAGGCCAAAGAACGUGUUGCAGCUGCCCAGACGGACGUCGACGUCAGGAACUGAAGAGUGUGAAAUAUGUUUCACAGUACUGCCAACUGCGAUGAUGACGGGUCUGGAAUGCGGGCAUAGAUUUUGUACACAAUGCUGGUGCGAAUACUUGACCACCAAAAUAAUGGAGGAAGGCUUAGGUCAAACCAUAGCGUGUGCGGCGCACGCGUGCGAGAUAUUAGUCGAUGACGCGACCGUAAUGCGACUGGUGCGCGACGCGCGCGUCAAGCUCAAGUAUCAGCACAUCAUUACCAACAGCUUUGUGGAGUGCAACCGACUGCUCCGCUGGUGCCCGUCGCCGGACUGCAGCAACGCGAUCAAGGUGGCGUACGUGGAGGCGGCGCCCGUCACGUGCCGCUGCGGGCACACGUUCUGCUUCAGCUGCGGCGAGAACUGGCACGACCCCGUGCGCUGCUCGCUGCUGCGCAAGUGGAUCAAGAAAUGCGACGACGACUCUGAAACAUCGAACUGGAUAGCGGCGAACACAAAGGAAUGCCCGAAGUGCAACGUGACCAUCGAAAAGGACGGCGGCUGCAACCACAUGGUCUGCAAGAACCAAAACUGCAAGGCGGACUUCUGCUGGGUUUGCCUCGGACCCUGGGAGCCCCAUGGUAGCAGCUGGUACAACUGUAACAGAUACGACGAGGACGAAGCGAAGGCGGCCCGCGACGCGCAGGAGCGGUCGCGCGCGGCGCUGCAGCGGUACCUGUUCUACUGUAACCGCUACAUGAACCACAUGCAGUCACUGCGCUUCGAGUCCAAGCUGUACGCCUCCGUCAAGGAGAAGAUGGAGGAGAUGCAGCAGCACAACAUGAGCUGGAUCGAGGUGCAAUUCCUGAAGAAGGCCGUAGACAUCCUCUGCCAGUGCCGGCAGACGCUCAUGUACACGUACGUGUUCGCGUACUACCUGCGCAAGAACAACCAGUCCGUGAUCUUCGAGGAUAACCAGCGCGACCUGGAGUCCGCCACCGAAACGCUCUCCGAGUAUCUGGAGAGGGAGAUCACCAGUGAGAACCUGGCCGAUAUCAAGCAGAAGGUCCAGGAUAAAUAUAGAUACUGCGAGAGCCGGCGCCGCGUGCUGCUGCUGCACGUGCACGAGGGCUACGAGCAGGACUGCUGGGACUACACAGAGUAAUCACCUCACACCUCUCACCUCACUCCUCACAUUACUCAACUAACCACACUAUCACAUCUGUGCUCAAAACUCACACUAAGGUCAAAGUGAGGAAGAUCGUUUGUAAGGUAAGACCGUCUAAAGACUCUAGUCGCUUCUCUUUCAUUUGUACAGACGAUUAGUAAAGCAGAAUGAGCAAAGCUCUUCCUUUCCGCGUUCGUGGGACGUGGGAUUAUGCAAAUACGAGAGUUCUUGCCCUCUGUGACGGUCUACACAAAAAAAUAUGCCGGUCUUCCUCAUAUCGAUCUCCUAGUUAUCUCUGGCCGCUUGUCACGUCUUCAAACGUGAAAGGGCGGCGCGUGAGUAGUAAUGUUCUCAGCACAGACGUUUAAACCUGAUACUUGGUCAAAUACAGCCCUCUGUACCCAGACUGCACGAUUGUCCCCGUUCGAUAAUCACUCGUCAUUUCUCGAAAAGUCUUCUAGAAAUCGAUUUUCGUUCAUGUCAUCUCGGAUAUGGGUAUAUUUUGUAUCAGUGACGUCUUAUGAUAUCACAGUAACUUCCCCCACCAUUUUCGCGCUUGUCAUCUCAUAUAUUUGUGUUCAGGACAUUAUACUGAAUGCAUUGAUACCAUAUUUACCCAUAUCCGAGAUGACAUGAACGAAAAGUAACCUAAAACCUGUUUCGUCGCCCUAAUAAUUUUGAAAUUAUAUAUUUUAUAAAUCACGAACUCAAAUAAACAAAUAUGACAAUUCAUUUACUCAUAUUAUGUCGUUCGCCAAUCAUGUUUCAUUUUCCAUACAUCGCAUGACUUCGGAAGAAUGCAAUGGAAAUAAAAACGAAUCCGUGUUGAUUAUCUUGAUUAUAUUAUUUAUUAAAAUUUUAUCUUUAUUCUUAAACUGAAUGUUUUUUCGAAAUUAAGUUCAAAGAGCUUUUUAUAGGUUUAUGUGACGCGUUCACGGUCAAAUUGUCUAAUAAAUACAUUCACGUCUAAACCCAAUAACAACACAUUUUAAAAUAAAGAGAUGCAUGAUCCAAACACCUUGUGUUCGUUUUGAAUUUAUUGUGUGUAAGAAUUUUAUUUUUAUUGUCUUCGGUUACCGCGAUAGUUACUCAUGAAAUAAAACUAUGAAAACGGAUUAUAUCGCGUAUAUUGAAUUUAUAAUACAUCCCGACGUUUCGAACUCUUUACAGCGUUCGUGGUCAACGGGUAAUUUUAUUUUUCUGAUAAUAUUUUAUUCAUCUAUGUAUACACUACCGGUCAAAAGUUUUAAGUUCACCCCUUGUUUUUGGUACAAAUGAGUACUUUUGUGCGUACUUUUAAACAGAUUUCAACAUAUAUCCGAAUUGCAAAAAAAUAUCGCACAAAAGUACCCAUUUAUACCGAAAACGAAAAGUGAACUCAAAACUUUUGACCGAUAGUAUAAAUUAUAUUAAAAUAUGUAUAAAAUAAUUUUUCGUAUUAUAUAGGAUGAUUCAUAUUAGGUACAUAUAUCGCUGUUGAGGGACAUGUUUUGCUGAUGUAAGAUCUCAUGUAAUUUACAUUUUAAAAGUAUAUUUUCACGUGGUGAAAGAUAUAUUUACUAAUACUCUCAUUUGGUACUUCUAUCAUUAAAAACUAGUUUCUAAAGUGUAUAAUGGUAAACCAACACUACUCGUACUGUCAGUAAUGCCAUUUCAUUCAAAAGUUGUAUUAACGGUAAUUCAUAAUAUUUUGUUCUAAAAUUUGAAACCAUUAGUAUCUUUUAGUGCAGAAUUUAGAAGUUUAUUUUGGUCAUAUUUUUAUCUAGAAACGAUAACCAUAAUUGAAAUUAAUUGAACGGACUGGAAUAUAAGUUUUGUAAUGAUGAAAAUUGUCUGUAGUCCUUGAGAAUUUCCUGACACUUGUUAAAAUGUACACUCGAUGUUCGAAAGAGCCAGGGUCGUAUGGUUUCGUCGAUGUCAUAUAGUUAGACUAGUAAGUAUAGCUUGUAGCUAGUACCAGAAACACUUGUCCAGGGAAUUUUCCGUUGAUUUGAUGUUACUUCAAAACUUUUAUUUUUAAUGUUUAGUUUGACUGUGUAAUAAUAAUUAUCGUGUAAAUCGUAUUAGUGUAGUGUAACAUUUAAAACUUCGAUGACACUUAUUUGAUAAUUGUAUAUGUACCUCAUGUCCCUCGGGAUUUAGAAUAAUAGCAGUUUGUUACUUUAUUUUAGCUUUGGCUUGUUAAUUUGAACUACAAAAAAAGUUUGAAAACUAGCAUGAAAUGGCACAAUACAUUGCGAUGAAGAAGAAUCAAAAAAAUAUAUUUUACCAAAAAUCCUAUUUUUGUUAUUAGAGUAGGGCUUAUGAAUACGAUGGUAAGCUGUUCGAUCGAAGUUUAGUUUGUUCGGCGUUGUGGCCCUACAAUAACCUUACACAUAGCGUACGUUAAUUAGUGGUAUACAGACACGACCGGUACUGGAACUCGCCGACUGAGGGUCGUUAAAGUAAACGUAAGUCGCGGCUAAGUUAACACUAAAUGUUUGCAUCUCGGGAUUCGCUAUUUCAUACAAGUUAAGAGAUAAAAUCUAUUUUUGAAAGUCUAGUGAAUUCAAGCUUUUUGUACAAUACAACUUGCGCUACAUAUCUGAUAUCUUUGUCAUAAAUAUAUUAAACGAUUCGUGCAUAAGUCGGUUGCACUGCCAGUAAACGUCUAAAGUAAAUUAAUGUAAAGCUUGCGUAUGAGUGUUCACAUAGUGAGCGCGCGUAGAGUAGAAGGUCCUGGCUCCAACAGACAAGCGAACAUACCGGAGUAACGCCACGGUAUCGCUAAGGUAGCUAAAGGACUUAGUUCGGAACACACUUGUACAUAUAGACGCUAUAUAAAUAUGGUUAACUUGUAACUCACAUUAUGACAAUGGUAUUGAUGAGCAUCGUGUGUGUGACUAUGUUUAAGGACACAGUUGGUCAAGUAAGAAUGAAUAAAAUAGUAACAUCGACUA